AUGCUGAAUCAGAUACAUGAGUCAUCUAUUUUGUCUGAUUUAUUAACAAUAAUCGUCACAACUUCACCUGUUCCUUCUGCUCCGUCAUCUGAUCUGAUUCAAAAAAUUCUUGCAUCAUUACCGAGUUCGUUAUCAAAAGUACCCGUUAUCAUUACUUUUGAUAAUUUUACUGUUGCCUCAGAUGAAUCUGGUAGGUUAAAAAAAGGAUGUAUUCCUCAGGACCUAGCCAAUCGAUAUUCUGCUUAUAUUGAAAAUGUUCAGAGAUUAUUCGGCGAUGUUUCUUGUUUAUCGUAUGAUGAGGAAAGUAUGAUUUCAACUACUUUAGAUCGUAAUGUGACCUUUCUCAUAUCGAAAAAACGCAAUGGGUUUGCAUUCAGUGUCAAAAAUGCAUUAAAUUAUGUGAAAACAGCAUAUGUUAUGAUUCUACAACAUGAUUGGAUUUUUGAAUUUCAUCCACCUAUAUUUGAUCUUCUGUCAAUUUUAAAGAACGAAAAUGAAAUACAAUACAUUGGUUUUAUCGCACGCAUGUCAUUAAACUAUGAAAUAAGUAGAGGUCAUACACAUCCAUAUUAUCGUCAUAUUUUCUUGCAAUCUCGAAAUAUCCGAUCAGAUCGUCCCUUUAGCAAUGAUUUAAUCGCUUGUCUACAUUGGUUUGAUAGACCACAUUUAUGUUCGGUCGAAACAUAUCGUCAAAUUUUUGCUAUGCCACUUAUAAAAAGAGGAGACUUUAUUGAAGAUACAUUUGGUAUUGAGUAUAUGCAAAGUAUAACAAAUUCACUAACAAAAGAAGCUGCAUUUGAAAAAUGGAAACAUUGGGGAGCAUGGAUGUAUUAUCCUGAUAAUGGAAAAACGAUUACUGUUCGUCAUUUACAUGAUAUUAUCCACCUACAACAACAAUUAAUCUAUGAACAAGCUGGAAAUUAUGAUGAUCCACUUCGUUGUCCAGUAAAAUUAUGUAAUGUACCUGAAUCACCACUUUGGUUUUUGUCUCAUUAUCUUUUGUUGAUCAGGUUUUAA